UCGUCACGUGACGAGUCAGAUUUGAACAAGAUGGCGACCAGUCCGGUUGCAGGCGAAGUCGGUCGUACGGAGAAGGAUGUAUUCACUUUGGAGGAGAUUCUCAGGGCUUUUGGGGCGCCGAUUAACGAGGAACAAGCUUGGGCGAUGUGUUACCAGUGUGCCAAAUCGUUACAGGACGACUGGAGAAGAUGUAGGAAAGAGUGCUUCCAGUUUACCGGGGGGGAGGGAGUCGCGCUACGGAAGGAUGGGUCGGUGGGAGCGGUCCGCACAGACACUUCUGGUCCGGUGCGGUUUGAAUCACAGCUUGUAUAUUCUCUAGGACUUGUAGUGUACAGAGCAUUAGACUAUGGUCUGAGUGAGUCGGAGGAGCGGGAACUGAGCCACCCUCUGGAGGACUUGAUAGACAGAAUGACCAGCAACGACAACGACGACAGUCAGAACCACGACGAGGGGAUAGAAGAUUCCGACGAGGAAAUCACGUCAGAAGACACGGUCAAAACGUUACAACAAGUUGUUAAGUUAUGUGCGUCCCACCUACAAAACCCGUCGGAGGCGGCGGGACACUACCAGGCCGUGUGCCGGGCGCUCGUGGCCGAGUGUCAGGAACUCACCUCCUUCCUCGCCAAGAUAUCCAUGGGAAAAGAGGCCCUGCGAGAAAUGGCAGAUGAGAUAGGGGAUGUGGAUGAUGAAGACCUGGAUCAACUUCAGCUAGCAAAGGAAGAAUGGGCACGGUUGUGGAUGCAGGUGAUGAAAGACUUGCGCUCGGGCGUGCACCUGAAGAAGGUGGUGGUGGAACACAACACGGGCCCCAUGGAGUGGGAACUCACGCCGUACGAGAUUCUCAUGGACGACAUCAGGUCCAGAAGAUACGUCCUCAGAAAAGUCAUGGUUGAUGGUGAGCCGCCCCAGGUCAUGGAAAAACUCCAGAAGAAUGCUCACGAUGUCAUCCUAGAAUUUAUCCGAUCGCGCCCGCCGCUUUCAGCAGCUAAGAACCGCCAGCUGAAGCCAGCGCCGCCGGAGGAGAAGACGCUUCACGAACGCAUCAUGGACGAGAUAAAGGAACUGCCCAAACUCAAGCCUGUCAGCAGAAGGAAUCAACUGGUCAAGAGUCAGACAAUUGACAUUGUGCGGGUCAAAACUGCUUUAGAACAAGAGGAGGAGGCAGAGGAAGGGGACGAAAAUGACGGGUCGCCCACACCGAAGAAGAAAAUCUUGAAAGCCCCAGAUUUCAAAUUCAACUGGGAUUCAGAGGAAGAGACAGACUCUGAAAAGGAAAAUGAAGAUUUCUCUGGGUAUGAUGAUGUCAACCCAAAAAGAAGAAAAGAGCCCGAUUUCGACUUUGACCCCGACCCCGAUCUCCCCGUGCCCGUAGACACGGUUGUGCGGUUCACGCGCACGGCAGGCGUGUGGGAUUGGUUACGGGCCUCCUUCUCUGACUGGGUGGUGUCUCUACUUGAUGCAGGGUUCCAAACACUCGAGCAGAUCUGCGCCUACCUCUUCCCAGGUGCACGCCGAGGGCUUUCCAAGCUGUUAGUGGCCGUUAAGGGCUUGGGUACUAUCCGCGCACAAAUGCAGGCCACUACCCCUUCCACCUACCCUGAUCUACCUUCUGACGACGAAGUUCUACCGGGCCAGACGGUUGACGACGUGACUGACCUGAUGUCGCCGCCGAGCCCGCAGCACAGGCCGCGGCGGAACAGCCUCGGGUCGGAGACGCCCACGCAGGAGAUCGCAACGCAGAGCCACAGGGAGGCGUGGAAGAACCCGGUGCAGUGUCUGUCCCUGACCAUUGAGGAGGUGAUGCACAUCAGAGAGGUGCUGGUGUCAGCAGAGCUGGAGAACCUGCAGGGCAGGAGGGAGAUCUACCUGCUGCUCAAGAAGGGAAAGAUCUGUUUCUCCUGUAGAUCUAAGAGAUUUUCCAUAUUCAAUUGGUCAUAUACCUGCAAGUUCUGUAAAAGGUGUGUCUGCUCUCAUUGCUGUAGAAAGAUGAGAAUCCCCACGGAGCACUUCUUGCGGACCCCAGUGUACACCCUGAGCCCCACCACCUCCCCCCACUCAAGCCCCUCCAACGCUGUGGACCAGCUCAAGGAGGACACCCUCACCAGUGACGGCAGCGUGGGAAGUGAUGUUGAGAAGAGCAGUGUGGAAAGCAACAACACUGAGGACACACAACAUGUACCACAUGUACACCUACACAGUGUAGCGGAGAACAGCCUGGAAAGCACCGGAUCUGCACCAAGUACUCCCAACGCCUCUCCCAGCAUCGCUCCCAAGAUCCUGCGCCAGCCCUUCCUGGACAAGGCUCCCAUGAUGGACAUCUGUGUGGACUGUAAAGCCUUCGUGUGUGACAUCAUCCGCGCCAGCAAAACCACGUUAGCGUACCACGCCAGGCGACCUCUGACCCGACACCAGAGCAUCCGGCGAGACAAGUCCGCCCCUCCUCGAGCCAAGUUCGACCGCAACAACCAACAUCGGUCGUCCGUGAAGUUUGACGCGUCGCAGCAGCAGGUUUCCUUUGAGAAAUGAACCAAGAGCUACUAAUGCUGUGUAAGACAAAAAAUAGCAAUGAAAAUACUGCCGUGUAUACCAAAAUACUAAACCAAAUUCAUAUUUUGUUGUUUCUGUCAUUAGUCUUCUGCAUGUAUCCUUCAUGUAAUUGCUGAUCAUUUGUGUUCAUUGGAAAUAAGCAAAACUAAUCUGUCUUUUGCUCAGAUGCUCAAAAAGGGAAGAACUUAUGUAUGAAAGGCAACAAAUUGACAGAGAAAUCACAUUCAUGAUUGUGUAAUGUAACUGUAGAAUAAUGUUAAUAAUAGCAGCUCUUCGUGUUUUUACUUGAAUGUACAGCUGAGGAGUGAACUUGUAGAGAUAUAUGAGAUAAUAAGGAUAGUGUUAUGUACAGGACAGUGUAUAAUGAAUGUGGGGCUCUGUCAGGUUGGAAACUUUAAAAUUAAGAAAAUGGAGAUGAUAUCAUAUUGUUAUCAAUCUUUUAGUGCUACAAAGUACAAGCCAAAUUGUUUCUCUGCAGUAUAAAAUCAAUAGGACUUUUAUUUAUCAUUAUGCCACUGGGGAGAAAGGUGGAAGUGGCAUUGGCUAUAUUUGGAAUGGCUUGGAAAGUGGCAAAUAUCCCUGUCACCUUUUUAUGUUCUUUAUAUCUUGUGUAAUCAGUCCAAAAUCUUGCAAAAUGUGUUGCAUCUCAUUUGGUUUAUGUUGAAAAAUCUUAAUGCUAAAAGAUCCCAAACUGUCCUUACCAAGUGACUAGUGUGAAUACACGAUAUAAUUCUAUUUACAUGUAUGAUGCCCAGGGCUUGCCAUUUUUUUCAUAUAUCCCUUUUGUAUGUCAUACAUUGUAGGAAUCCACUGUUACAAAACAAAAAAGCUGCUUUAACAAGGUAGCAAACAAUGUUAUAAUGUGUGUGUGUGUGUAACGUUACAUGUGAUGUUACAUUGUACUACCAUUAUAGCUAGAUUAGAGUCAUACAAUGUACACUGCAUAAUGACUUGCAUAGUUGUUGUCAGUUUCUACUGUAUUUUAUGUUAUGUUGAUGUCCUGUAAUACAGACAUGAAAAAAAUAACAUUUCCUACAGACAAAAAGAGAAUUCCCUGUCCAUCCAUUUCUAAUUGCUACUACCUAGGACUUGUCUUGUGAUAAAUAUCACUGGACUACUGUAGUACAUGGAUGGGGAAUUCAUUCUCGAAAUCAAAAGCUCUGCUUAGAAGAAAUGUUAGAUAUUUAUUGAGCAAAACCAGUGACAAAUAGGCAAUAAGAAAACACAAGAAAUGUCAUUAUAUCAAAAACAUCUAUCUGACUGUACCUCUUGUCAACUAAGGAAAAAGGAGUUACAAAAGUGUAAUAUCUAAUAUGCAUUUAGAACUAUGUAUAUACGAAGUACAGUACCGUACCAUGUACAGUGUUGGUUGGUAAGACAUUGUUGAUAUUGAAAUGUACCCAGCAUGUAGAUAAGGAAUGAGGUAUGAGUGUGUAGAGAUAGGAGGGUCUGCAUGUAAAGAUGAACAGGAGUUGUAAAAUGCCCCAGACUUUUUCCACAAGGUAAGACCUUUUGGUAGUAAUAUAGCAAUGGUAACAAUUUAUGAUGUUUGCCACAAAGAUUCACUGUGUAUCAAAAUAAUCAUGACUUACGGUAAGUUUGAAUUUACGCCAUAUGAGCCAUUGAUGGAGCUGUCUUCAUAUUUAUUUGUAAAAUUGCUGGAAAUCAUGUAUAUCCUGUAAGACAAAUUGUUUUGUUCAUUCAAAAUCAAUUUUUUUUAAACCUCAUUUUCCGACGUUAAAUUUGUAAAAUGAUACUUUUUUUUACUUUUACCAUUUCCAUUUAACUCAUACCAGAGUUUCCUGUUUUUCUGACAAAACUGGCUAGAUUAAUCUGCAAAGUUAGGCUACCAUUCUGCCACCUUUUGUAGUAACUUAUUGAAAAUUGUAAAAUAAGUGUUACACAACCGUACCAUGUAUAUUCCCUUAAUAAUCCAUGAAACACAGUCAUUUGUGUCUGUAUAAAAAAAUCCAUGAUCUGUCUGAGUAUGAACAUGUAUUUUUCAUCCUUGCAAAGCUUUGUUGUAUUUUUCUAUGGCUUUGGGGGAAAAUGUUGCAAUGGUUGAGUUGCAAUUGGGUACGAUUGUACAACCUUACCUUUAAAAAUAUGCCAUAUGCUAUGGUCAUUCUCUCAUCGUAGCUAGAUUUUGUACUUGCUUAAUGGAUAUCUUCUAUAUUAGAAAACUGACACUUUGCUGCAUACACUUGACUUCUCAUAACAUGUGAAUGCGGUGCAUGAUUUUACAGUGUAUACUAUUAGUAGGUGUAUAGCUACAAGACUGCAAGGCAAAUAAUACUACAAUGAACUGUAUGUACUACCAAAUCAUGAUGUCUACAAAUUGUAUCGUGAUUGACAGUUGCAUGCAAACCAGGUAGCAACUUUUGAUCAAAGCAGUAACGGCAUUAAGUUUCGUUGCUGUAGCCAGCUGUGACCACUGUAUAAUGUACAUUUUUGAUUGGCAACUGCAAAUUAGUCAUUUCCUUCUGAAUGUGGCUAAUAAAUGUCUAAUCACAAGUCAAAUA